AUGACAAAGCCCUCAAGUCAUAGUAGUGAUCCCGAAGUGGGCCACCAUGAAGCUCUCCAUGCUAUCCGAUCAGCAGCUAGUAUCUCCAUGAGCCCCGAGCUCUUUGAGAAGCUCUACCUGUCACCUCCCAACGCUGUCAAGGGAGAUCUGAGGAAGACAUUUGGUAACCCGACGCCUCUGGCGCUCGCGGGUUUCUUGCUUGCUUUGAUGCCUCUUUCCUGUGACUUGAUGGGUUGGCGUGGUGCUAGCCACUUUGGUGCAGCUUCGAUCCCUGUCUACUUCUUCGAGGGUGGUGUUCUCAUGGUUAUCAGCGGGAUCAUGGAGUGGAUCCUUGGCAACAGCUUUCCUUCUUGUGUCUUUACAAGCUUUGGCUUUUUCUAUCUCUCCUUCGGUGGAAUCCUUCAUCCAUCCUUCGCUGCAUAUUCUUCAUAUGCACCGGCGGAUGCAAAGUCACCUGCUGAAGGAAUGGCUACCAAGGGCUUCAAUGCAAGUUUGGCUCUCCUAUGCCUCCUUGGAGCAUUUUGGGCUUGGGCAGAUGACUAUACUGGAAACACGUUGUUGGCUCAAAGGUUAUGCGUGGGUGCCGGCGCACUACUCUUUGUGACAUCGUUUGCCGGAUGGUAUAUCCUCCUCGCUAUCUUACUUGCCAUUGUCGAUUUUCCGAUCCAGAUUCCUGUGGGCGAUCUAUCAUCAGUCAUCAAAGGCAAAAGUGAGAGAGAUAUGAGUCUUAAAAGAUAA